AAACCCUAAAAACCAGUCAGAAUUCGGAAAGCUUCUGCCAUGGAAAAUAACUGGAAAAAGGCGUUUCCAAAAGUAAAUUAACGGUCAUCUUCCGACCCCAGGCUCUUUCUGACCGUUGAUUUCUUCCAAUCAUGGUCUCAUUUUGUUGAUUCAACUUCUUCACCAUUCGGUGGGUCCAGUUUAUGGGUACUUGAUACUGUUUUGAUGUUCUUUCUGCAAUGUCUUCUUGAGUCCUGGUGCUGGUAAUUCUGUUGUUGAAUAUCUUUCGGAGAAUCUAUUAUCUAAGUGAUCAUGGCGAAUUUCAAAGUGGUAAAUGCUCGGGUCGAAUCAUCUUGUGAUGGUUUGAUGCAAACUAGUAAGGGUGUUAAGGAAAGUGAGAACUUGGAUAUUGACCUCCUUGCCGAUUUGGAUUCUUAUUGGCAAGAUAUCAAUGACCGGUUGACUAUUUCGAGGAUGGUAAGCGACUCGGUUAUUAAGGGCAUGGUGACUGCAGUCACACAAGAGGCGGCGAAGAAAAUUGCCCAGAAGGAACAAGAGUUGGUAGGGUUGAAGGAGAUGUUGCAAGAAAGCCUUGGGUCUCGAGAGGUGCAACAUGAAUCGAGAAGUGCUACGGACAGGACUUGUUGUAGCUUCUUAGCGGCUGUUACUGAGCAUGAUAGGAUGAAAGAAACUUUGGGCCGUCUUAGAAAUGCAAGUAAUGAACAGUUCAUGAAGUUUAUGAAAGAAAUUAAUCGGAUAAGUGGGUGUUGCUCGAUAAAAAAGAUAAGUUCUAGUUCUGAAUUGUUGGGAUUGGGGGGUAUACUGCAUGAAAAUUCAUCUGAAAGAUUGAGUGAUGUGGAUAAAACGCUGGAUGGUCUCAAAACCACACUAGAAACUGCUUUUAAGGGGGUCGAAGAGAUUGUUCACUUGUCCAAGGUAUCACUGCAUGAGUGGAAGCAAGAGCAGAAUUUUCAAGCAGAGAUUGAAGCAGUGGUGAUGGGGAGUUGCAUUCGUAGUCUUGAACAAGAGUUUGAAGGAAAGCUGUGGGACCGAAUCGGUGAUGAUAAAAGUAGAAACUUGUCUGGAAGAAUGAAAGAAAUUUCAAGUCUGCGCGAAGAAUUAGAGGCAAUUUCUAAGUCACUUUGUGUUCCUGAAGCUGGACAUCUAGUUUCUCAUGGGUCCUUGGAUGGUGAAGGGUGGACUAAUGGUAAAAAGAGUCAUUUCCACCACAAGGUUUUGGGCAAUCAUGUAACAGAACCAGCCUCACUCUGGGAAGCAAAUGGAAAACAUGAGGAUUCACAAAAUAAUAAGCUAGAGAAUUCGGAUCCGAACUGUCUGAGCCACAUGCCAAGAGAUGCAUUGAUAGGCUACUAUAAUAAUGAGAUGGCUAAGAUGCGGAGAACUCAUGAAUCUAAAGUGCAGGAGAUGACUGAAGAAUUUUUCGGCCUUAAGAAGGAGUAUUUGAACGAAAAGAGGUCCUCUUUGCUACUGAAGAAGGAUAAGGAGUUCGAUGUGUUGAGGAAAAAAAUCCCUGAUGUCAUUCUGAAAUUGGAUGGCAUUCUUUUGGAAAAUGAGAAAUUACCUGCAGUUUCCAACAAUGCAGAGAGUCUUAACAGUUUGAAGGACAGACUGGAAGCCCUCCUUGCAGAAAACUGUCAGCUCAGAGAUUUCCUCACAGAUAAGAAGAAGGAAGUUAAGUGCCUUGAAACACAAAUUUCUGAUGCUACAGAGAAAAUGUCAAAGCACUCUUUGUCUGAGGCAAAGUCGUUAAACACGAUUAGAUAUCUUAGAUCUGAUAUAGAAGAUCUUCGUAUUGAAGCUUCAGUUGGUGCAAAUGUAUUUACUUGUCUUCUCAGGGAAAUGAUGGGUGAAAUUAAAGGCAUUAUUGAGGAGUCAAACUUGGAAUACAAUAUUGUGCAAGAGUUUUUUAAAAGUAGUUUCGAAGAAGCUUCUCAUAAUGCUCAGCCUACUAGCCAAUGUGGAGUUGAAGAUUCAGAUAUGCUGUCCAUUUUCAUGCAGGCGAUUUGUGAAGCUAUAUAUAGAGAAUCCUGGAAAGAAGCCCAGGAUAAGAUAAAUAUGUUAAACAUGAAAUAUGUUGAUGACAAUAAAGUUCGAGUUUCUCUAGAGAAGUUAGUAUCAGAAAAAGAAAAAGCAUUAGAAGAAGAGGUAGCUGAUAAAGAAAGAUUAAAGCAAGAAAUACUUUUCCUUGUAGAAGAUAAGGAGAGGUUGACACAGGAUGCAGCUGCUGCAUUGGAUAGUGAAAAGGAGCGGUUUCAAUUAGCGGCUAAAGAACUUGAAGCUUUAAGGACUCAAACACGUCAGCAGCAGGCAUUCAUUUCUCAAAGCAGUGAAGAGUUAAAUGCUAUAAAAGGUGAUUUGGUAGCGGCAUUCAACAAAAUUGAACUGGACAUAUGCGAGUUAAAUAAAAAACUUGAAGUAGCAGGAACAAAGUUAAGGGAAGCUGAAGAAGAGAGGAUGACUCUUUUGUCUGUUACCCAGCAGAAGCAGGGUGCAAUAUCAGCGCAUGAAACAAAUGAAAGGGAGACCAGAAAGCAAUUGGUGUCAAUCGCUAAUUUCGUUAAAGGGUUAUCUACAGCUGCUGCCGACUUAGAAUGUAGAGUUACAGAAGACAUUUCAAAGAAUUAUUUGAGGUUGAAAAAUUUGAGUUCACAAUCACGUUUGCUUAUCCAGAAAGCAAAUAUACUCAAAAGAACAGGUUUGCUGUACAAGCAGAGGCUUGAAAGGAGAUGUACUGACCUUCAGAAGGCUGAAGCUGAGGUUGAUCUUCUGGGGGAUGAAGUGGAGACUCUUUUGAGCCUACUUGAGAAAAUAUACAUUGCCCUUGAUCAUUACUCACCAAUAUUGCAACAUUAUCCUGGAAUUAUUGAAAUCCUGAAGCUGGUAAAAAGAGAAUUAAGUGGAAAGUCUACUAAACCAGUUUGAUAUGCGUACUUAGUAGCUUUGUGGGGGCAGAGUUGCUGCUACGUGGUUGGUUAUCUUUGUUUAAAACAACUAAAGAAACCAGCAAAUACUUGCACAGUUGAGCCAAAGAAAAUAUACGUCUACAUUUUGAGCUUUUUUGGGUUCUUGUGGAGAAAUUUGAAGACGACAGAAGCUGAAUGGUAGCAAAAAUAUGGGGGUAGGAAGAAACAUGGAUACCGUCGAUUUUGGUUUAGAUAGUCGCAUAUUAUUUUGAAUUAAAGGAGCAACAGAGAAAGGCCUCCUAGUCUCCAGUGAUCCAUAAGUUGUUCUUUAAUAGUUGAAGGUUUCUGUUCGAUUUUGUUCAUAGUCUGCAGUGUACAUGAGCCUAUAACAGACAGGAAUCCAGUUUCUUACAGAGUAAUCUUCAUACGCCCUUUUUACACGUGUAGCCGA